GGUGCCUUUUUUAUUUUUUGAAAAACUCAUGUAUAGAGAUGUUAAUAAAACCUUGUAUUUUCCUUAAAAAAUGGUUAUACUAAUUAAACGCAAAGAUAUCAAACAAAAUGUUGGACUAACUUGGGAGAAGUUGAAUGCAGGAAUGUCACUUCCUCGACGGUUUCAGGAAGUCAAACAGCAGAGAUGUCAUUUAAGGCGAAAAGAAAACAUGGAGAGCAUGAAGUCCGAUGUGUGAAGAGGAAGUUGUUAUUAGAGGCCCUUUCAAAGGAACUCCCAUGUGGCACCAUAAGGUACUCUUCCAAGGUGGUUGCUAUUGAGGAAUCAGGCUUCUACAAGCUUGUACAUCUUGCUGAUGGCACGGUCAUUAAGACCAAGGUGUUGGUUGGUUGUGAUGGAGUAAACUCAGUGGUGGCAAAAUGGCUGGGGUUCAAGAAGGCUUCAUAUACAGGGAGAUCAGCUAUUAGGGGGUGUGUGAGUUUUAAUACUAGUCAUGGUUUUGAGCCAUUUUUCAUGCAGUUCUCAGGACAUGGUUUUAGAUCUGGUGCUAUGCCUUGUGAUGACAGAUCCGUUUAUUGGUUUUUGACUUUUCAUCUCUCCCCUGCCCAAGGUAAGUAAUUAAUUGCACUCUAUAAGUACUAUCCUGAGCUUCAUUUGGUUAUUCCUUGCUUUAUGAACAGUUUUUCCUCUAUUCGAGUUCUAACAAAGUAAGCAGCAAAAUAGAUUCUUCGACUUUUCACUAUAAGUGAUGUGAGAUCCUAUAGUAGGGUUCUGAAAAAAAAAAAAAAAAACCAAAACAAAAAAAAAUGGUAGCGCACUCUUUUGAAUUGUGAUUUUGACUAAAUCUAACAUUUCAAAAACACCGACUAUUAGUAUGGUAUU